CAUUCAUUUCCAGACAAAACACAAGUCAGCCCAUAACAUGAAGCAAAAGAUGGUGAUAAACGUUCCUAUGCACAACGACAAGGACCGCUGUAAGGCCAAAAAGAUCGUAGGUGGCAUUUCAGGUGUGUUAUCAGUGACAUUAAAAGGGGAGGACCUGAGGCAGAUAGAAGUAAUUGGAGUUGGGGUCGACGCGGCCACGAUUACAACCAAGCUUAGAAAGAAAGUUGGGCACGCAGAGCUCGUUACUGUUGCCCCUGCCGAUGAUCAUAAAAAACCACCUGUAAAUGAAGCCAAGCCAGAUCCGGAUCCUGUCCGGCAUCCUGAUAUUUGUGGGAUGCCUGAUUACCAAAUGGUUCCUGUCUACCGGAACUACCAGUACUAUCAAGAUUAUCCCACCUGCUCCAUUCUAUGAAAAUUAAAUACCUAAGGAAUUUCAAUAAAAAGUUGCAGUUUAAAACUUUGGUGUUGUGGGGUUUACUUUGGCCAUUUUAUGUUGCUUGUUCAUUCACACAUUUGAAUAAGUAAAUUUUUUUCAACAAUUUUUCAUCUUUAUUCAAUCAUUCAAACAAGUAUUCUACUAUCUACACUAUCUUGUAUCAUAGAAUUUUCCUCU